UAUCUCACUUCACUUAACAACUCCGGCCCAGAACGUUUUACAGAAGCCAUUUUCCGGCGAACUUCGGAAAUGCCGGCGGCAACUCUGCUAUGCACAAAGACUCUCAUAUACGGAAAUCAAUCUGCUAUCCAUGGAAGACGGGACUAUAAUUCGGCAUUUGGACGAAAUGUGAAAUUGUCCGAGACAAGUUCUCUGUUAGGGUUGAAGCUUAAAGUGAAGAAGAGUAUACAAUUAGGUCGUCGGAUACCGGUUUUUACCACUAGAGCUGGCGGCGGCCGUCGCGGUGGCGGAGGAGUGGAUUCAAUUAUUGAAAGGGAUGAUAAAUCGAGGAAAUUAACUCAGGCUAUACUGUGGACCGCAGAAGGCGUUUAUGUAUUGUGGCUCUUUUUACUUCCUUAUGCACCUGGAGAUCCUGUAUGGGCAAUUAGUUCAGAAACAGUCAAUGAUUUGGUUGGUCUCUCCCUCAAUUUCUUCUUCAUUCUGCCUCUUCUGAAUGCUGGGGGCAUCCACUUGAUAGAGGCACCGGUGCUUCAUCCAAUGUCUGAAGGACUGUUUAAUUUUGUAAUUGGCUGGACGUUCAUGUUUGCACCUUUACUGUUCAGUGAUCGUAAGAGAGACAGAUUCAAGGGAUCACUAGAUCUUCUCUGGGGCUUUCAAAUGUUCCUCACAAACACAUUUUUAAUUCCAUACAUGGCUAUUCGGCUAAACAAGGGUGACUCAGAGUACCCUCCAAGAGCAACCUCUCAACUUGGUUCGAUCAUGACUCGUGGUGCAUCUGUUGUUGGACUGGUCGGUGCAGCUGCCUGUUUGCUUUCGACAUUUUGGGCCUUUUAUGGGAGAGGAGAUGGUGAUUUUGGCAGUAUAUCUAAUAGAUGGGAGUUCUUGCUCAGCUAUCUAUCCUCUGAAAGACUUGCUUAUGCCUUCAUCUGGGAUAUUUGUCUCUACAUUAUUUUCCAACCUUGGUUGAUAGGAGAUAACUUGCAAAACAUCCAGGAAGAUAAGGCUGACAUAGUGAGAUAUCUCAGAUAUGUUCCAGUUGUUGGCUUAGUUGCUUACUGCCUUUGUUUGGAUCUUGAAGAUGAAAACUAGCUAAUUUUGUUUCUAGCGGAGACGAGAAAACACUAGUUAGUUAUUUCCAAUCUGUCCUAGCCUUGGUGGACUGUACCUAUUGCCGGUGGGAGGUGGUAGGUAUACCGUGGAAUAUCAAUUGCCGGUGGGAGGUGGUAGGUAUACCGUGAAUUCAAUUGAGGUCCAUGAAAGUUGUCUCGGACUUCACAGUCAUAAAAAAAAUUGUUUUGAUGACUCAAUUCAUGUAAUUAAUGCCUAUAAAUUUUAUGUUGAGAUUAAUCCUCUCUUGUUUUCUCACACUAUAUUCUCUUUUAAUUUUGAGAAUCUUUUUUUUUUA